AUGGAUUGCUCGCCAGAAUAUGUGGACGAUAUUGAAAGGAAACAAUUACCGGUAGAUACUGCUGGUGAGGAGCAACUAAUUAGACGAAAAAAACGACGAGCUCGUCAUAUGACGAUGAAGUAUGACGACACGUCAAAGAUGCUUGCCGACAUUGAAGCGGCGAAAGAGCUUAGUGAAGGUCAGCGUAUGGAUAAAGUUGAACACCCGGUGAAGGGGCGUGAAAGAGAAGGGGGUAUAAAAGCAAACCCUGCGGAGGAGGAACAACAUUAUGGGAAAAGCAAAGUUAUGGAGGGUGAUAAACAAGUAAAGGUAAAAUCUUGCUUGAAAAAGAAAACGGAAGGAGAUCAGUUGAAAGGAAAACAAACGCUCAAUGUUAAUGGUAAUGUUGACAACAGCAAAGCAAGGAAAGUUUUCUUUUCUGAAGAGGUGACCUAUUACGAGGAUUUUGCUUCGAUCAAAACCAAGAAGAAGCGAAAGUUUCACAACCUGCGCAACGCCACGAUCAUUAUUGAAAGAAAGAAAACAGUUCUUGUAAAAGCUAUGAGAAAGUUGGUUGAGAAACACAAAGCAACAAAGCUGAAGUUACUGGAGGAGAAGAAAGCUGUUAUAUUGAAAGCCGCAGAAAUGGAGUCACUCAAUUUGGUUCUUAGUGGAAAGGAAGUCGAGUUGCGGAAAAAAGAGAAGGAGAUUGCUUGCAUGAAAGCCAAUGCGUCUGACAUAAAAACCACUGUCAGUGAAUCACUCCAAAAAUCCGUAACUAAAUUGGAUACAGUGGAAGAAAACAUCAGAGCUGAUAUAAGAAAAAUCGAGCGAAAGCUUGCACAACGCUGGCGCUUUGUCGGAAAGAAGAAACUUCUAGCAGAAAAGCAGAAACUUACUGUUAUGCUAGAUACAAUCUGCGCAACAUCGCAGACAUUACAGAAAGAUGCCAUCCUUUUGGACACCUUCAAAUUUUAAAAACAUUUCCCACACAUUGUAUAUUUUUUGUAUAUUUGAGGGGAAGAGGUUGUGGUUGUACGUUUGUGUGUACUGUCCAGAUAGCCCCAUCUUGUUUGUCUCGAUGAGUACUUAAGAAGCAGUUUGAUCUGUCAGCUAACUGUCUUGGUCCUCACUGGUAGCUCAGUUGGUAGAGCGUGACAUCAAACAGUGUCAAGGUCGUAGGUUCAAUUCCUACCCAGUAAUUUGACCAAGACACAAAGCUAAUGAUCUUUCUGCUGCUUCAGUGCUCAAAGUGAUAAAUGUCAGUGGUUGUCGAAUGUGUUGUAAACUUGUUAUAUGUCUGUUUUGUGUGGUGUAGCUACGCCCCUUCCUUUUCAAAAUCUUGGUCUUUUAUUUUGUUAAUAAAUUUUCACACAUAUUUUGUUUAUU